AUGAAAGGGUUCGAUAAGGAUAUGGCACGAUAUCACAAUGACUCUAAUUUGGGGUCGGGGUAUCGGGCAGUGUUGAGGUUAUACCUCGGGGAUAUGCAUAUCUUGUCCACCACUAGAGUGCAACAAGGAGAUCCAUUAGGGGCACUCUUUUUUGCCUUUGUGUUACACCCACUUAUUCAUCAGAUCAAUGACAACUAUAAGCUUUUUCUUCAUGUCUGGUACCUCGAUGAUGGGACCACCAUAGAAGAUUCUAAGGAGGUGGCUACAGCCAUUGACAUUAUUUGA